AAGGCUGUCCUCUCCCUGCCCCAGCACCCAGGGGAGCUCCUGCACCCCGUGGUCUAUGCCUGCACGGCGGUCAUGCUGCUGUGCCUACUCGCCUCCAUCAUCACCUACGUCCUGCACCACAGCGCCAUCCGCAUCAGCAGGAAAGGCCGCCACACGCUUCUGAAUUUCUGCUUCCACGCAGCGUUGACGUUCACGGUGUUCGCUGGCGGGAUCAAUCGCACCAAGUCCCCAAUCCUGUGCCGGGCGGUGGGCAUCUUGCUGCACUACUCCACGCUGUCUACCAUGCUGUGGAUCGGGGUGACCGCCAGGAACAUCUACAAGCAGGUGACCAGGAAGGCCCCGCCCUGCACUGGCACAGACCAGCCACCCGCCCCCAGGCAGCCACUGCUCAGGUUUUACCUCAUCAGUGGAGGGGCGCCGCUCAUCAUCUGUGGGGUCACGGCCGCCACAAACAUCAGGAACUACGGGACCGAGGACGAGCACGCUGCGUACUGCUGGAUGGCCUGGGAGCCCAGUCUGGGCGCCUUCUAUGGGCCGGCCGCCUUCAUUGCCCUGAUCACCUGCGCAUACUUCCUCUGCACCUACGUCCAGCUGCGCCGCCACCCCGAGUGCAGGUACGAACUGCGGGAGCCGACGGAGGAGCAGCAGCGGCUGGCCGCGCCAGCCAUGGGUCACAGCCACAGGGCAGGGGCAGGCACAGAGCCCAGCUGCGACGGCCCGGCAGCCUCGCUAAUGCAAAACGAACACUCCUUCAAGGCGCAGCUGCGCGCUGCCGCCUUCACGCUGUUCCUCUUCGCCGCCACCUGGGCCUUCGGGGCGCUGGCCGUGUCGCAAGGCCACUUUCUGGACAUGGUCUUCAGCUGCCUGUACGGGGCCUUCUGCGUGACGCUCGGGCUGUUCGUGCUUAUCCACCACUGCGCCAAGCGCGAGGACGUGUGGCACUGCUGGUGGUCCUGCUGCCCGGCCCGCAGGCGCGCCGGUGCCGCACAGCCCGGCGCCAACGGGCACUGCCUGCAGGCCUCGCCACACCCCGCCCAUGCCGGCCGCUGCAAGCUGACCAACCUGCAGGCCGCCCAGAGCCACGCCCACUGCCUGUCGCCGGGCACGCCGUGCUGCGCCAAGACGCACUGCGAGCAGCUGAUGGAGGAGCAGGCGCUGGGGCGCAGCGGUGAGGACGCCUUCGGGCCCGGCCUGCACCCGCUCCAGUGCCUCCAGGGCAGGACUAAGCCGCCCUUCUUCAGCCUGUCCCGGGCCGCAGAGCGCGAGUGCGCCUACCACAUCCCGUCCAGCCUGGACGGCAGCCCCCGCAGCUCGCGCACAGACAGCCCCCCCAGCUCGCUGGAGGGGGCGCCGGGCGUGCACGCGCUGGCCUGCUGUGCCCAGGGGGACCCCUUCCCGGUGGCAGGCCAGCCCGAGGGCAGCGGUAGCGUGCUCUACGGCUGCGCGCCUCGCCCCGGCCCAGCCCUCGGCCCGGCCCACUUCGAGAUGCUCCGCAGGACACAGUCCCUGCCCUUCGGAGGCCCCGGGCAGAACGGGGCGCUCAAGGGUGCUGUGCCCUUCGGCGCCGACAGCGCGGGCAACAUUCGCACUGGGCCCUGGAGGAACGAGACCACGGUGUAG